AUGUCUGGACAGUCACAGCUUCUCCAUGUGGCACAAUCGCCUGAAGAAGAGAAACAUACUCGGAUCAUUUUCGUCGCGCCAAAGCUCACGUGCUUCACGGCGGUGGAACUGCCGGGGAGAGGUGGCGGCUUCGUUAGGCGAUUCUGCUCUUUCCGGAAGGAGCUUGGGAAAGGAAAUGGACUUCCACAGUGGCUUGGAUGUGGGGUCACCGGUGAGGUGCUUCUCGAUGGGUGGGUUGUGGCGCUUUUGGUGGCGCUGGCCCAUGGUUGCGGCCGCAGGUGGUGGGUGACUGGGUUUACAUCACCGGAGAGAUUUUUAGUUGAGAGAGAGAGCGUCGGAGAUGAUUUUUCGUAG